CUGAGCACAAGUUACAGUUUGUCUGCCUUCAUAUGUGUCUGUGUAGGUUUCCCUCAGGUCCAGUGUCCUCCCAAUAUGUGCCAGUAGGUGGACUAGCUGUGUGUGUGUGUGUGUGUGUGUGUGUGAGAUGUCUGUGCAGGAAUGUUCUUAAAUGGUAUUAAAAAGAUACUUCAACAAAUAAAGUAAUGCAUACAGAUUUCUUCUGUUUUUUUUUUUUUUUUUUUUUGUAUAUCUCAUACUAAAUAGUUUUAUAUCUUCAAACCAAAUACAAUAUAAAGCAAAGGCAACUUGAAUAAAACACACAAUACAGUUUUUAUUUAUAAUUUUUUUUUAAUUGACACAAACAAACAAACAAAAAAAGGUAUCCAUGUUAUCCGUACGUAGGCCAGGUUACAGUGGCUUAGUGGUUGGCACAUUUGCCUUGCACCUCCGGGAUUUGGGGUUCAAAUCCUGCCUUCAUCCUGUGUUGCAUGUUCUCUCUGUGCUACGGGGGUUUCCUCUGGGUACUCUGGUUUCCUCCCCCAGUCCAAAUACAUGCAUUGUAGGCUGAUUGUCUGUAUUGUGAGUGUGUGUGUGGUUGUGCCCUGCGAUGUGUUGGCACCCUGUCCCUGUCCUAUACCUGAAGUCCAUGGUAUAGGCUCCAGGCGUCCUCGUGACUCAGUGGUAUGUAAAAUGGCUAGAUGGGUGGAUGGAUUUGACUAAAGCCUUCUCCAAUCCUCCAGAUGGCGGUGUGACGCUUUAAUUGCAAACCGUAAGAGAUAUUGCAGUGCCUUCAACAUCAAUACAAACAACAGUUCCGCUGUGGAACAGCUGCGGAAUAAUAUUUUCUCAACUGAUUUGGCUCAUUAUAAACAGGUACACUGGAAUAUUCAGAGACCCUCUCGGACAUGUCAUAUGUCUUCAUCAAUGACACGUCACAGACGAGCGUGCCAUUACUUCAGGCUUGCAUUGAUGGAGACCUAGCAUUCGCCAGACGGCUCCUGGAGACAGGCUGUGAUCCUAACAUCCGUGACAACCGAGGUCGCACUGGCCUUCACCUAGCAGCAGCACGUGGCAAUGUGGAGAUCUGUCGCUUCCUGCACAAAUUUGGUGCAGAUCUGCUAGCCACCGAUUAUCAGGGAAACACGGCGCUGCAUCUGUGUGGACAUGUUGACACCAUUCAGUUCCUUGUCUCCAAUGGCCUCAAGAUAGACAUCUGUAAUCAUAAUGGCUCGACUCCUCUGGUGCUGGCCAAGCGGCGAGGUGUGAAUAAAGAUGCCAUUCGGCUGCUGGAGGGUCUGGAGGAGCAGGAGGUGAAGGGCUUCAAUAGAGGCACUCAUUCCAAACUAGAGACCAUGCAGAUGGCCGAGAGUGAGAGUGCAAUGGAGAGCCACUCACUGCUGAACCCCAACCUGCAGAACAGUGAGGGUGUACUGUCCAGUUUUCGCUCCACCUGGCAGGAGUUUGUGGAGGAUCUAGGUUUCUGGAGGGUUCUCCUGCUGUUAGUGAUCAUCGCCCUGCUCUCUCUGGGCAUUGCUUACUAUGUGAGUGGGGUACUGCCCUUCUCUGCCAGCCAGCUGGAGCUGGUCCACUGAAAACCACAAAUGCACUCAGUUUCAAAUCUAGUCCAAGAAAAGCUGUGUUUAUACGAUUUAACGAAUUUCUUCAUACGAAUUAGCUCUUAAGUUACUCUUCUCUGGAUAAUGCUGUGUGGAACUAAAAUUAAGGCACGCAUAGUUUGACAGGCUACUGUUUUUCAGAAAGUCUUAAAAGUAUUUAAAGCAUGUGGGGGAAAGUCUUUGAGACAGGAAUUGUUUUGAUUAUGGUGUGUUGUGAACAGUGUUUAAAAAUCUUACAGAAUGAAGCUGUACUUUGAAUUAAUGUACAUUUUUAAUUUCUUUAUGAUUUCUUAGAAAUUCAUGACAAGCUUCAGGAGAGUACAUUUGGCUUUGCUUUCCAGAGUAUAGAUUGAGCUGUUUUUCACCAGAAUCAGCCAAGUUAUAUAUGAGGCAGAAGAAGUUGUGUAAAUGUAAUGCUUUUCACUCAGUGCAAUUUAUUUAAUUUAUUAUGAUGUUAAUUCUCUAGUUUGUCUUUCAAGCCAUGCGUGCUUUAUUACUUUUUCUAAUGUGUUGACACAUGUAGAUGAUCAGAAUGUAGUUAGGACAGUACAAAUAGGUUUUUACUUUUAAUAUUUCAUCUUGUCAUUAACUUGGACUUGAUACCUGUUACUGGCUUGACCACUUUCUGUUGUAUGUCAGUAUGCUGUGGUUGUUAUAUGAAACCUUGUAACCAAUUAUUGAACCAUUAUUCAACUUUCUUGUCCGUGUGUAAAAUGUGGAAAAUGGGUGAUCUAUGAAAAAGGGCAAGGAAAAUACUAAUAAUUGAUAUUUUAUGGCUUAAGGGCACUUAAGAUCACAGGUGGCUACUUUUAAAAAAUGGUUGUAAAUUAGUGCAGCAUGUUGUUGUAGGAUGCUGUCAUUUCCAUUGUGCCUGUGCAAGUGUCUCAUUUUUUUCCCCUCAUUUGAAAUGUUGUUUUUUUUUUUGUUUUUUUUCCAAUCAUCCGGAAUAACACUGCAUCAAUUUUCAGUAAUGUCUACCACAAACCUCAAUAUUUUAAGAACGCAAAACCAAAUGUGGCAUCUUUCCCAUAUACUGUUGAUUAUAAUGAUGAUGACAACGAUAAGUAUUAUUAUUAUUAUUAAUAUUACUGUAUUGCUACAGCAGCAGGUGACCAAGUUUAAAUUGAAUGAUGUUUAAUUGAAGGCUCUUUACAGUUGUUUUGGACGUUUCUUAUUGUUUACUUAUCCUUUUGGAUAUUUUGUAAAUAUUUCAAAUGUGUUUUAACAGCACUCACUGUUAUUUACUGUUGGAAGCUUUUGUUUCCUGAUGAUGAACUAUUAAAUUACAAAUAAUAUGCA